AUGAGACCAUUAACAGAAGAAGAAACCAAGGUUUUGUUUGAGAAACUGGCACAAUAUAUUGGCCGCAACAUCAGCAACCUUAUUAACAGAGCAGACGAUCCUUACUGCUUCCGGAUACAAAAAGACCGUGUGUACUAUGUGAGCGAGGGUGUGGCCAAGUACGCGACAUGCGUUGGUCGCAAGCAGCUUAUGUCUCUGGGUACAUGUGUCGGCAAGUUCACCAAGACCGGCAAGUUCCGUAUUCAUAUUACAGCUUUGGAGAUUUUAUCCCAGAAUGCAAAGUUCAAGGUCUGGAUCAAGACUAACGGUGAAAUGCCUUUCCUUUAUGGUAACAAUGUUCUCAAGGCUCAUGUUGGCAAGAUCAGUGAUGAUGUUCCUGAGCACACUGGCCUCAUUAUUUGCGACAUGCACGACAGACCCCUGGGAUUCGGUGUUUCUGCAAAAUCCACCAUUGAAACUAGAAGUGCCCCUCCAAAUGCUAUAAUAGCAUUCAGACAAGGUGAUGUUGGCGAAUACCUUAGAGAAGAAGAUACGCUGUUUACAUAA